AUGACGCGUACAAGAAGUAAAGUGAACGCGGAACAACCGCAAGACAUCUACAGCGACGAGGAGCUAGAAACCGCGACUCCCGCGCAAAAGAUGGCGGCCGCGCCCGCGCCAUUAUUUUCACAUGGCAACAGAGACGAUGCAUCAAGCAUUCCCCAUUCCUCUGUGCCACCUCCGCAUCAGCAUGAACACCAGGAGUUCCAGCAUAAUGACGCCGAGGGUGAUGAUGCAACGCGCAUUCCCCACCGCCCCUCCGCCCCUCACAUUGCUGACGCAACAUUCUCACAGCAGAGUGUUUCUAUGCUCCUCGAAGGCCUACAAAGAACGCAAACGAACGCUAUAAAGGAAAUUCUAGACAGCGUUCUCGGCCACCGCGCGAUGACCUCGACUCCCGCGCCGGUGCCUACUGAAAGUGGGAAUUUUGCGCGUUGUAAGGCUGUGUUUAGCGGCGCACCUACCGAGUCCAUAGAAGGAUUUAUAGACGCAGUAGAAAGCUAUAAAGAGUGUGCCAACGUGACUGAUAGUAAUGCAAUAAAAGGUAUGUCAAUGUUGCUAACGCAUGACGCGGCCACCUGGUGGCAGGGCAUUAAAAAUCAAGUGACUACAUGGGACGAGGUCGUAAUUAACCUACGGAGCGCCUACGGCGACCGACGGCCGCCCCAUAGAAUUUACCGCGACUUAUUCGCAACCGAACAACAGAUCGAGAAUACCGACGUGUUUGUUGCUAAAGCGCGCGCCCUGUUAUCAAGGCUACCACAGAAUGAUUUGACUGAAAAAGUUAAAUUAGACAUGAUUUACGGCCUUUUAAACGUGCGAAUAAGAAAACGACUCCGCAGAGAGGAAUUUACUACAUUCGCCGAGUUAUUACAACAUGCUAGAAACAUCGAAGACUCCAUGGGAGAAGAGGAGCGACGAGCAUCAACAGCGAGGCAAUCGCCGGCCGGCGCGAGUACUUUCCGUACCGCCCCGGCCCCCUCCGCUGCCGGCGCGCAGACACGAGGCGUGCCCGCGGUGCGCGCGCAGCCCGCGGCCUCCGCCGCGCUGCCGCUGCCGCCGCCGCCCCGCGCUGCCGCAGCCCUGCACGCGCCCGCGCAGCCGCAGCCGCAACAGCGCGGCGUGCCCGGCGUGAACGCGCCUCUUCGGGCUUCCCCGACGACCUCGGCCUCCGCCUCGGGUCCCGCCCGACCCUACUGUACCUACUGCAAGCGCUACGGUCACCGCCGUGAACAGUGCCGUAAGUUGGAGAACAGAGGUGAGUCUUUCAGAGACACUAAUAACGCGAGUGAAAAUGCCGACGAUGACGACUUGUUGGCAUGUAGCAUCGGUGAUAGUCCCGUCAAACGUCGCGACUUACGUCCCAUUUUCAAAAUCGAGAUUUUGGGAGUAAAUGGUACAGCUUUAAUUGAUACUGCCGCGAAACAUUGUAUUGCCGGUCACACGCUAUAUGCUCUCCUUCUACGUAAAGGCCACCCGCUCACGCCUUCGACGAGGCAGAUUAAACUCGCCGACGGCCACGCACGUGAGAUGAACGUUCUCACUACCACGUUGCAGGUCCGGUUGGAACACGUUAUCAUCACAAUACCAUUUCUUAUUUUCCCCGAGUCCGGCGACAACGAGACGUUGCUGGGUAUAGAUUUCCUUAGGGCUAUGGGUGUCGUUAUUAAUCUCUCCAAAGAAAUAUGGUAUUUUGACAAGAAUCCUCGUGUUAAACAUACUCUACUUUUCGAACCAACUUCGCGUGGCACUACUUGUGCCUCCACAGACGUUCUCCGGGAUGACGAGGGUACUCAGCUGGAGUCAGCAGAGCGAGAGGAACUCGCCCAGAUCCUCGUUAGGCACGCGCACAUUUUUCGUCCAGGGGGAGCGCCUACACCUUUCGCGGAACACCGUAUAGAUACGGGUGAGCACCCACCGAUAGCAGUGCCCCCAUACCGUCUGAAUCCUGCGAAGAAAGAGGUUAUGAAAAAAGAAAUCGAGAAAAUGUUGCAGGAAGAUAUAAUUGAAGAAUGCGAGUCUGCAUGGUGCGCUCCGGCGUUGAUGAUCCCAAAGGCUCGUGGCGGCGUCAGGUUCUGUGUAGAUUACAGGCGCCUGAAUGCUGUUACCAGGUCGGACACGUACCCCAUGCCGCUGAUUGAUGAGCUGCUGCAAUCAACAAAAAGGAACUGCUUCAUGAGCACGCUUGACCUUAAAUCGGGUUACUGGCAAGUUAGCGUCCGAGAAGAAGAUAGGGAUAAGACGGCCUUCAUAUCUCCUCUCGGCAUAUAUCGCUUCAAGCGCAUGCCCUUCGGCCUCAAGAACGCGCCUGCCACAUUCCAGCGGCUCAUCGACCGCCUCCGCUCCUGCUCAUCUUUAAAGGAUGUAGUUCUAUUGGCCUACUUAGAUGACCUUCUGAUAAUCUCAGAGGGGUUUCAACAGCAUCUCAAAGACCUCGAGGCAAUUUUCGAACGCCUGACUGAAUACAACCUCUGUGUCAAUAGGGAGAAGUGUGUCUUUGCAAGGGAGAAAGUAAAGUACCUUGGACACAUAAUCACACAGGAAGGCGUCUCCAUCGACAAUGAUAAAGUCAGUUCUGUACUCGAGAUGAAGGAACCGACCAAUCUCAAGCACAUGAGAACUUUCCUUCAAACGUGCUCGUGGUUUAGGAAAUUUAUUCCUAACUUUUCCCAAGUGGCUGAACCACUAACACGUUUGACACGAAAGAACCAAGCAUGGACUUGGGGCGCAGCUCAAUCACAAGCGUUCAAUGAACUCAAGCGGUUGCUGACUUCAGCGCCCAUUUUGAUUCAAGCUGAUUUUAGUAAAGCAAAUGUUGUGGCCGACACCUUAAGUAGGCCGAUCUGCUCGGGAGAAACCCGCGAUCAAUGCGGCAUUUGCUCUGUAAUAAUAGACGUACCUGUGAAGAAACCGGAUCUGUUGAGGCAGGAGCAGCUGGCAGAUCCAGAACUGGAGAAGAUUGUCAAAGAACUUGAAGCCAAUGACGAAGUCGCAGCCCAGCGUUGGACGGAGCGGGGAUAUAUGAUGGAUCAAGGAGUGUUGUACCGGUAUAACCCCGACUCAGACAGUGAAUCACCACAACUCGUAGUUCCAGCUGACCAGCAGGAAGACAUCUUGAAGCAAUGUCAUGACUCUGCGGUAGCAGGGCAUCCUGGAAUUGACAAUACUUACCGAAAAGUAUCGCAGCUGUAUUACUUCACUGGAAUGCGCAGGAUAAUAACUGACUACGUGAAAGCUUGCGUUCAAUGCCAAAGAUAUAAGGCCAGCAAUAACAAGCCUCCAGGCCUCCUCCAGACGCCCGUCAUGAACCAACGUAACGAGGUGUUGGCCAUAGAUCUAUUCGGCCCAUUACCAGAAGGAGAGGAAGGAGAACGGUGGAUAUUGCUCGUUGAAGACACGGCCACAAGAUGGGUAGAGCUGUAUGCGAUAAAGGAUGCUACAGCUGAAGCCUGCGCACGUGUCCUCAUCGAAGAGUUCUUCAUGCGGUAUGGGUUGCCUCGCAGGAUCAUAUCUGACAAUGGAGUCCAGUUCAUCUCGGCAGUCAUGCGCCAAUGUAUGUCAGUCCUGGGUGUGACACAGAACUUGGUGCCACUAUAUCACCCAGAAGCCAACCCAGCAGAAAGAAAAAACCGCGACCUUAAGGCACAGUUAGCACGAUUGGUUGAAGGAGACCAUAGGACCUGGCCCAAGAACUUGCCGGUAAUCAGAUUUGCCCUGAAUAGUGCCGUGUGUCGUACAACAGGAACAACACCAGCUUACCUGACAUUCGGAAGGGAGUUGCGGUCACCUUCGGAAGCAACACAUGACCAACGUGCCAUACUUGACAAAGAUAACUUUGUCCCACAAAUUACACCCUACUUACGACGAUUCCUAAACUCUUUAUCGGCGAUUAGAGAAAGAGUCGAAAAGCAGCAGGAUAAGGCGAAAGAAUACGCCGAUCAGUCGCGUCGUCAGGUGGACUUUCAAGUGGGUGAUAAGGUCCUCCUAAAAUCACACCUUUUGAGCAAAGGUUCAAAGGCAGUCACUGCAAAGUUCAUGCCGAGACGUGAUGGUCCUUACGUCAUCGCCAAGAAGAUAAGCCCUACGACGUACAACAUUGCGCGUAUGGAGCUGCCUCAUGAGAUUAUACGGAAGUACCAUGUUCAAGAUUUGACUCGGUUCAUUGGUAACGAUGAUACUCCGCCUGAACCAGUUAACCCCGUCAAGAAACGCGGACGACCGAAGAAGGUUGAUGAGCAGCUAGUCCAGGAACGAGGGCGUACACCUGAACUAGAGGGGGAGUAUAUAGCAAAUCAUGUUAAUACAAAUAACCGCGUUUUGCCCAAGAGGGCCUCCCGACGACGCAUGCCAGCUAGAUAUGCUGCGAGUGUGAGUGUGGUGCCAGGGUAA